AUGUCCAUGUUUCCUUUCCCCAAAGUAAAAAAUAUAAUAUACUUUAUUGUAUUGACGCCUGUCAUCGUCAUAUUAUUAACCAUUGGUUGGUACCAACAGGCCAUUCAUCAUAAUGACAUUCCACAGAAGAUGUUGCCGCCGAGACCAGAUGACUCUUAUGUCAUUGCAGGCUAUUUUGUCAACUGGGGCAUUUACCAAAGGAAUUUCAACGUUGUUGACUUGAAAGCAGACAAAUUAUCUCAUAUCUUGUAUGCUUUUGCUAAUGUGAAUGCCGAUGGCAGCAUUCUACUCGGGGAUGCCUGGGCGGAUACAGAUAUUCGAUUCACACAAGAGAAAACAGUGGAUGGUGUAGUCGAUGGUUGGAAAGAAGUAGAUGAAGAUUUGCAUGGUAACUUUAAGCAACUUGCUCUGUUGAAGCAACGCAAUAGACAUUUGAAAGUGUCACUCAGUGUGGGUGGCUAUACUUGGAGCGCCAACUUUUCAGCUGUGGCCGCCUCACCGAAGGCAAGGGCUACCUUUGCGAAUUCAGCCGUGACUCUUUUGAAGGAUCUUGGUUUGGACGGUAUUGAUAUUGAUUGGGAAUAUCCUGCCACGAGCGCUGAUGCUGACAAUUAUGUCCUGCUUUUGAGAGAGGUGAGAGCAGCAUUGGAUGAAUAUCAACUGAAGUUUGACCCCACCGAUGAAAAGUUCCUACUGUCUGUAGCCGUGCCCUGUGGACCUGAACACUAUCGUUUGCUGAAAUUAGAAAGAAUGGCAAAGUAUGUGGAUUUAUUUUAUUUGAUGGCUUAUGAUUUUGCUGGUAGUUGGGAUAAGGUGACAGGGCAUCAAUCGAACCUGUACGGUGGCGACUUCAGUGUCGACCAAGCUGUAAAUCACUAUGCAAAGUCAGGCGUACCCACCAAAAAGAUAGUGAUGGGCAUGCCUUUAUACGGUAGAGGAUUUUUGAACACCGGACUGACACCUGGUUCAGCUUAUCAAGGUGUUCCCAAAGGAAGUUGGGAACCAGGUAACUACGACUACAAAGACUUGCCUCCUGAAGGAUCUAAAGAAUAUUAUGAUGAAAAAAGGGUAGCUUCGUGGUCCUACAAUGAAAGAACGCGAGAAUUUGUCACAUAUGAUUCACCCACGGUAACAAAGGUGAAAUGUGACUAUAUUAAGCAACGUAUGUUGGGUGGCGCGAUGUUUUGGGAGUUAAGUGGUGAUGUGCCAGACAAUAGCCAAUAUAGAAGUCUGCUAAGCGCGGCUUAUGACUUUUUGGAACGAAAAUUAAAUAGGAAACCCAACCAUAUCCUAUUUCCACAGAGUAAAUUCAAAAACAUCCCCCAUUCCCUAUAA